AUGCAAAGAGCACUCAAGACCAGCCAUUUUCAACAACUGCGAAGAAUCUCCGGCUUUGCCGAACAAACAAGACUCGAAAGAUGUUCAAAACCAGAAGUAUCGCCCGAAGAAGUACAGUCAAUUCUCGGCCUGCGCGAGCAAAUCGUCAAUUUCAACUCGCGAAAUAGCCGCGUUCGACAAGUCCACUCAAAUCUUCUCCCUUCGAACAAUCCAACUGAGGAUCGCCGAUCGUUAUGUCAAUCCCGCUCGGCAAAUGGACAUUCAAUCAUGAGCGGCGUGUUCGAUGGUCAUGCUGGUCCGUGGUGCGCUCAACUUGCAUCUGAACGUCUGUUUUACUACAUCCAUCUCGCUUGUCUCUCAAACGAAGAUAUUGAAAAGAUGCUUGAUCUCUAUUACUCGAACAAGCCCCUUCCGGGAGGGAUUUUCGAAUUUAAUUGA